AUGCAGCCCCCACCUUUUGACAUGUGGAAGGACUACUUCAACCUGAACCAGGUGCUGUGGGCGCUGAUCAAGAGCCGGGAGCCGAUGCUGGAAGCCCAGGAGAUGACAGAGGAGCUAAGCCCCCCCGAGGCCCCACCAGAGCAAGACCAGCAGGGCCUAGCAGGGCUGGGGGCCGGCGGGGGCCCCGGGGGUGCCCUGUGCAACUUCUGCAAGCACAACGGGGAGUCGCGUCACGUGUAUUCUUCGCACCAGCUGAAGACGCCUGAGGGUAUCGUGUUGUGUCCCAUCCUGAGGCAUUAUGUGUGUCCCCUGUGCGGGGCCACGGGUGGCCAGGCCCACACGCUUAAAUACUGCCCGCUCAGUGGUGGCCAACAGUCUCUGUACCGCCGCAGUGGACGCAACUCGGCUGGUCGCAAGGUGAAGCGCUGA